AUGGGAUUUGAAGUUGCGACCACAAAAAUCAACAUUGCUCAGAAAAACUCUGUGGACAAAAUAUCAAAAGUAUGUCAAGAAGCUUUAGCUCUCUCCCCUGACCUAAAAAGCACAUUAAUACUUUCCUGAGGGUCUCAAUUCAAAUUAGAUCAGGCGGAUUUUGACCAAAAUAGAGGCAUGAUUAUCGGAUAUGAGAUUGUCAGACACCUUAUCUCUCUAAAACAAGCUUUAAAAGAAACCAGCAAAGACUCUACCCCAAUCUCUGCUUAUCUCAGUUGCUAUGAGAUCAUUGCUGAUGCUGAAGAGGACAUCGUGGACCUCAUAGAAUAUGAACAUAGCGAAAGGAGUUCCAUAAAUAUCUCCAAAAGUCAGAGCAAACAUAGCUCGGUCAAAAGUGAAAGCGAAAUGCAAGAAAUAUUUAUAGAUACAGACUCGCUUGAAGAACUCCAAAUGGUAGUAAAUGACCUCUUUAGUAAAAGAAAACGAGUUUUCUGAGGGCAUGAAGACUCUUAUGACAAAGAAUGAGACUGAUGAAAAACAAAGAAACUUAAUAUGUAUAAAGAAGGGAUUAACCAAUAUGCACCACCUUAUAUCAGCAACGUUGUUUUGAAAAUUAGGAUCGCACAAAAUGAUAGCCAAGAUGAGAGUGAUCCUGAGCAAAAAGAGAUCUAUUUAAUUGAUCUAUCAGAGUAUAAUGAACCAGUCCCAGAGAUACAGAACAUGCUACUCAAACUAGAGUCUGACAUCUCCUCUCUUUCCCUCGAUACAAGAAUCUGCCAAUUUGUGUUUGAAAAGUGCAGAAAAGUUGACUCGCUUCACCUACUCGGAUUCAUAAACUCUCCAAAAGACUUAACCAAAAUUCCAGAAGAAGUUCAAGCUUAUACUGACAAAAUCACAGAAUUUAGCGAAAUUGCCUAUAAGGUAUUUUCAACAUCAAAUGAAAUAUUUGGAAACUUUCGAAGCAGAGUGUUAGACAAUCUCUCUUCAGAAAUAGGUGGGUUAAGCGUCUUCUCCCAACAAAAAUCAGAUGAAUCCAAAUUACAUUUCUCCACCAUGUCUAAAAGUAUAUCUGCAAAAUCAGAGGGCUCUAACACCCAUGUGACAAAGCUAAAGGCAAUAUGUAGUGACAGGAGUCUCACCAGCUCGCAGCGUCUUCAAGGGGUCAAAAACUGAGUAAAAAGCUUUAUAAAAGACAGUGAACAUAGUAAUUACUCCAUCAAAGAUGACAAUGAGGCUACCAUUAUCAAUAAGAUCACCAAUAACAUCCUCAAAGAGCUAGAUGUAGCUAAUAUGUUUAAUUCACAGCAAAACAUCCAGAACACUAGCACCCAAGACAAAGAACUUUGUCUGAGCCAGUCCCAAUCUUACAUAUUCAGCAAAGUCAGUUCCGAAAAAGGGAGGAAUAAUCGGAAAAAUCGGAUAUCUGCGAUCAAAAAGAGAAAAGAAAGCAAAGGAUCUUCCUUUGCUUCAAAUAUUCUAUUACAUAAUAAAAACAUGAUGGACUUGAAAGAAAGUGGUCGCAAGAGUAAAAAGUUGGUCCCUCAAACCUCAGGAUUUGACUAUGUCCAAGAUAAAGAGAAUAUUUCAAAUAAGUCUAAGAAUAUCAUCAGAGCAUGCAGAGAGGCUAGAUAUCCUCUGUCCAAUAAGUUCAAAAGAAAGGCUCAAAAUAAAUCAAACUCAAGAGAAGUCAUUAUCAGUGUGAAAAAGAUCCACCAAAUCCGGGCGCCCAACCAGAGCAUUGCUUCUAGCGGUCGCCCGAUCAAGAAAGAAAUCAACAUUGCUGAUGACUUCAGCAUUACCGAUAGCGAAGAGGAGAAGCAAGAAUUGGUUCCAAAAAGAGCCAAGAAUUACCUAAGCAACAGUAAAAAUAUUGAAAAAGAGGGCUGAAGCAGUCCUAAAGAUCAAGAAACUAUACAACAAGUUCAAGGAAUUUUGCAAGACUCAAUGAAGUUGGUCAGGCACCAAAUGAACUCAUUUUUGGAUUAUUUCGUUAAUGGCAAUCAUAAGCCAAGAAGUAAGAAAAGGUCAUUGAUAAGGAGAUGUAUUGGGAGUUUAAGCUGCAGUGGGAGUCGAGAGAGGAAGAAUAAUUAUAUAUCCACUCCUAAAUCGCAAUCUUCAAGUUUGUACUCUAAGUCUUAUAAUUUUUCAAACAAUCCUAUUCAAAAGAAAGACGAUUCAAGUUCUAAAAAUUCUAAAAUUCACAAUAAAGUAGCUGCAAGGAGACAUAUUGUAUUAUUCCCUCGUAACUCACAUAAUUCUUCGCAGAGAUCUUCAGAGAGGAUUAAAACUACUGUGACUAAGAACACAAAUAGGAGGCAAAAUCCUAGACCUGCUCGAAGGGAGAUAAACCUCGGAGUGAUUAGACACCCUCUGAACUCAGAAAGGAAUAACUACAGCAUUGGAAUGAGCACACUGAAUAAGGACACCAUUGUUAGGACUCUUGAUGAUAGAUAAUAAUAUUUUUCAAAUA